CCUUACUUUAGUUUAAAAAAUUCGAAUGCGACGAACCCCACCUAAGUAAGGCUAGUACCUAUCUACCUACUUAUCUCAGGCUGUGAUCAAUAAAUUUUUUUUUCCUUUUUUUCUUCUUCCUCUGUGUUGUGGCCAAAAUUUUACGUCGUAGGAAAUUACAAUUUGACCAAAAAUUGGAAUUCUGGACGAAGGACCUCAUCGUAGACCUAAGGUCAUCGAUGAAAUCCAGUCCAUUUCCCAUCACUCUUUCUUAACUACUACUAAAGUUUCUGCGCCGGCGCCAACACGUCAAUACCCCAACGCGACUCUUUACAUUCUACCUAAAUUUUCAACGAUCUGCUACUAUUCAAAAUGGAUCAGCAAAAGCUUGUUGAACUGCUUCAGGCAUGCCAAAUUCCUGAUACGCAGAAGGUCAAGGCCGCAACCGCAGAGCUUCGAAAGAACUUCUAUCCUUAUCCAGAGUCCUUGCUCGGCCUCCUCCAUGCCGUAGUUUACCACUCUGAGCCUACUGUGCGCAUGCUUGCUGCCGUCCAAGCUUUACGACUUGUUCCUAAGCAUUGGGGGGAUAUUGCCGCCGACCAGAAGCCUGCCGUGCAUAACGAGCUGCUUCAGGCCAUCGUUAAAGAGCAGGAUGCUAAAUGCCGCCACGGCCAGUCUCGCGUCAUCGCUGCCAUCGCCGCCUAUGAUUUCGAAGAUGGCCAAUGGAGCGAGUUGCUGCCUGCUGUUACGCAGUUGACUACAUCCGACAACGUCGCCCAGCGUGAGGUUGGUUCCUACAUCAUAUACAGCCUGCUCGAAGCAAACCCCACAUACUUUGAAGAUCACCUGUCGCAGUUGUUCCAGCUGUUUGCAAAGACUAUCAGGGACCCACAGAGUCGCGAUGUGCGCAUCAACACAAUGUUGUCUAUUAGCUCUCUUCUCAUGUUGAUUGACUGUGACGAGGAUGAGCAAUCCGCCAAAGCCGUUCAAGAAUUUGUCCCAGCCAUGGUUGAUGUCCUCAAGGAUGCAGUAGAUAGUGGUGAUGACGACAAGAUACAGCAAUCUUUUGAAGUGUUUCAGUCAUUCCUGGCUUACGACUCGGCCCUAAUUUCCCGCUAUUUCAAAGAUUUGGUUCAGUUUAUGCUCGAUCUCGCUACCAAUACCAAUGCUGAGGGUGAUGUACGCACCCAAGCCUUGUCUUACCUUACCCAGUGCGUCAAGUAUCGUCGCAUGAAGAUCCAAGGCAUUCCCGACAUGGGCGCUCAGCUCAUGAAAAAGAGUUUGGUGAUUCUAUCCGAAUUAACUGAUGAUGACGAGGAGGAGGACAUGACACCAGCUAGGUCGGCUCUAUCUUUAAUAGACCAGCUUGCCAGCGAUCUGCCUCCACGACAUGUCAUAGUACCCCUACUUGACGAAUUCUCAGCAUAUGCUAGUUCACCAAACCCAGGACAUCGCAAGGCCUGUGUCCUUGCCCUCGGCACAUGUGCCGAAGGUGCGCCUGAGUUUGUGUCCACUCAGAUAGCCUCUGUCCUUCCCAUGGUUCUGAACUUGCUCAAAGACCCUGAACAAGGUGUCCGUUACGCUGCCCUCUUGGGUCUCAUACGCCUCGGUGAAGACUUAUCUGAUAGCAUGUCCUCCCACCAUGACGCCAUCAUAACUGCGUUGGUCAUGAAUCUAGAUGCAGCAAGCGGAAACGAGUCUGAUAAGAAGAAUGUUGAGAUCAUUCGAUCUGUCUGUGGCGCUAUCGAUUCUUUAGCUGAGGGCUUGGGGUCUGAGGUUAUGGCUAAAUAUGGUGAGACCAUGAUACAUCGCAUUGGAAUGUUUCUCUCACAUCCAGACCCUAUGGUCAAGUCCUCCGCCGCGGGCGCACUUGGUGCUAUUGCUGCCUCUAUCAAAAGUGCGUUCAACCCCUUCCUUAAGGAGACCAUGGAAGCUAUGUCAUCCUAUCUCCUAGCUGAAAGCGGAGAGGAAGAAUUAGCAUUGAGAAGCUCCGUCUGCGACGCUAUGGGUCGCAUCGCGGUUGGUGUCGGUGCCCAAGAUUUUAGCCCGUAUGUCAUGCCUCUAUUGUUAGCUAGUGAAAAGGCACUUCACCUUGGAAAUCCUCGCCUCCGAGAGACAACAUUUAUUUUGUGGAGUCAGCUCGCGACGGUAUAUGAAGGAGAACUCGGUGAUUCCCUUGCGGGGAUCUUCAAAGGUCUAUUCGACAGUCUCGAACUUGAAGAAGAGGGGCUCGAGCUGGACGUCCCCGAAGACCAGCAAGGCCUCGUGGAUGAAAUCGCUUUCCAAGGAAAGAAAAUCAAGGGUAAGGGUAUUGGUGACUCUGACGAUUCUGAUGCGGAUAUCAUGGAAGACGAUGAUGAUGAUGACUGGGAUGAUCUCGUCGGAGUGUCCGCACAAGCGCUCGAAAAGGAAAUCGCGCUGGAGGUGUUAGGCGAUGUCAUCUACGCCGCCAAAGAGAAAAGCGCGCCAUACAUAGAAAGAGCCAUAGAGCUUGUAGCACCAUUCGCAGAGCAUUCCUACGAGGGCUGCCGGAAGACUGCUAUUGGAACCCUUUGGCGAACGUAUGCUUGUGUCUGGGAGGCCAUGGAAAAGCAGACUGGUCGCAAGUGGGAGCCAGGUUUGCCCUUGAAAGUUGAGCCCGUUCCUCAUAUUUCCAAGCUGGGCGAGAUCGUCGCUACCGCCACGAUGCAAAUCUGGCCCGAAGAGUCUGAUCGGGAUACCGUUACGGAGAUCAACCGAAGCAUAGCCUCCACUUUAAAGGCGUGCGGUCCAGCAAUUCUUGGACAGAAGGACUUGAUGGAACAGAUUAUUACCAUCCUUGGCACCAUCAUUACUCGAUCGCAUCCUUGCCAGUUAGAUCUUGGUGAAGAAGAAGAAGACCAAGAGAUCCAAGGAAGCUCUGAGUGGGAUUGGUUGGUUGUAGACACUGCAUUGGAUGUCCUGAUUGGCCUAGCUUGUGCCCUUGGCCCGCAGUUCGCCGCUGUCUGGAAGAUAUUUGAGAAACCCAUCAUAAAGCUCCUUAGUUCUGAGGAGGCGAUUGAGCGGUCUACUGCGGUUGGCGUGGUAGCUGAAUGCAUCUCCUAUAUGGGCAGUGCAGUGACUCCUCAUACCUCAACUUUACUGCGUCCAUUACUGCACCGCCUUUCGGACGAGGACAAGGAGACAAAGUCGAAUGCGGCAUAUGCAACUGGGCAACUCGUGUAUCACUCAGAGGAUGCCAAGACGUAUCUUCCCGCGUUUAAUGAGAUUCUAGGAAAGCUCGAGCCCCUUUUACAGAUCAAGGAUGCCCGUUUACAAGACAACGCAGCCGGGUGUCUAUGUCGCAUGAUUCUAGCCCAUCCUGACCAAGUCCCGAUCGCAGACGUGCUUCCUGCGCUCGUCGAUCUACUUCCUCUGAAGGAGGACUAUGAAGAGAACAAGCCCGUUUACCAAGCAAUACAUAACUUAUAUGUUCUGUCAAACCCAACAGUACAAGAGCUCACGCCCAAACUUCUUAAUGUUUUCCAGCAGGUUCUCGGUCCACCGGAAGAGCAACUUGAGCAAGAAACCAGAGAAGUGGUUCGAGAGAUGGUGCGCGUUCUGACCAAAUAGGUACUCAGAUACAAGAAGAAAAAAAAGAAGAAAUGCCCUACAUGAAUGGAAAGGAAAUGAAAGGAAAGGAAGGAAAAGGGAGUUGAGGAAUAGGUCAGGUGGAAGAAAUGGAUAUGAUUGCACGAGUCGUAUGAGUGUAUGAAGAAUAGAAAUGUGAUGGCAGCUCAUGUCUGUACAUAGAUGAUUCCCCAACGAUAGAUUCCCGAAUGUUCCUUGCAAUGCUAGGUACUUACUUACUCACCAUGGUGGGCUUGCAAUAAUUCAUGCGUCCAGUCAAUUUCCAUUUCUUGAUAGAGCCAAAUUGUGCGUACUGAAAUUACCGGGCGAAUCCCUGGCUACUACGACGUCGACCGCUCGUAGUUGAAACAAAAUAUUGUCUCUUGGAGGCUGGGCAGCACAAGGGCGUCUGUUGUGUGCUACGACAGAGUAGAAAUGAGGAAGCUGACAAGGGUGUAUUCGUCAAACUUCACAGCCAGCUCGGUAGAAUUACUACAAGUAAUAGUUAUCCUGAUAUACUUAAAUAGUUGAUAUUUGGCAGGCCUCCAGUCGGUGUUUUUUGGUUACCUACCUAGAGUGCCUAGGUACCCAAUGAUUUUCAAGCCCUCGUUGAGAGAGGGUGUGUAGGUC